AUGAAACUCCUCCGUGGCCAAACCCUAAAGCCCUUUUUCCGAUCAAUUUCCACCACCGUAAAAUCUCAUCACAACGAUGACAAGAAGAGCCUUCCAACAAACAAGUACCUUAAUUCAUGGACAAAACCUAAAGAUCCUAAAGAAGCUGAAGCUAAGCUCGCGUUUUUACGGCGUGAAUACGCGAAGAAAGUGAGGGAUGUUAGGAAAGAGUACAUACAGGAAAUGGAGGUGCAGAGGCUUGAGAAAAUGAGGAAAGACGAAGCGAAAAAGGAAGCGCAAAGGAUUGCUAAUGAAGAGAGGAAAGUUGCUAAAGCUGCUGAGAAGAAAGCUAAAGCUAUGGAAAGAGAAGCUGCUCAACAAGAGUUCCGCAAAACCCUGGCCAAUUUGCAAGCAAAUCGACUAGUUCAGGAACCUGCCACCUCUCGUCACAUUGGGAUUAGCAUCUCACCACCAUACAACAUACGAAAAAAGCACAAAAAUGAAACUCCUCCGUGGCCAAACCCUAAAGCCCUUUUUCCGAUCAAUUUCCACCACCGUAAAUCUCAUCACAACGAUGACAAGAAGAGCCUUCCAGCAAACAAGUACCUUAAUUCAUGGACAAAACCUAAAGAUCCUAAAGAAGCUGAAGCUAAGCUCGCGUUUUUACGGCGUGAAUACGCGAAGAAAGUGAGGGAUGUUAGGAAAGAGUACAUACAUGAAAUGGAGGUGCAGAGGCUUGAGAAAAUGAGGAAAGACGAAGCGAAAAAGGAAGCGCAAAGGAUUGCUAAUGAAGAGAGGAAAGUUGCUAAAGCUGCUGAGAAGAAAGCUAAAGCUAUGGAAAGAGAAGCUGCUCAAAAAGACAUCUCACCACCAUACAACAUACGAAAAAAGCACAAAAAUGAAACUCCUCCGUGGCCAAACCCUAAAGCCCUUUUUCCGAUCAAUUUCCACCACCGUAAAUCUCAUCACAACGAUGACAAGAAGAGCCUUCCAGCAAACAAGUACCUUAAUUCAUGGACAAAACCUAAAGAUCCUAAAGAAGCUGAAGCUAAGCUCGCGUUUUUACGGCGUGAAUACGCGAAGAAAGUGAGGGAUGUUAGGAAAGAGUACAUACAUGAAAUGGAGGUGCAGAGGCUUGAGAAAAUGAGGAAAGACGAAGCGAAAAAGGAAGCGCAAAGGAUUGCUAAUGAAGAGAGGAAAGUUGCUAAAGCUGCUGAGAAGAAAGCUAAAGCUAUGGAAAGAGAAGCUGCUCAAAAAGAGUUACGCUAA